AUGGACGGCUUCCCGGGAAACCAAGAGGCUUUGGAGAGCGCUGGAACCGCUGAUUCCGAUAGCGAUGAUGAUAUGGUAGUGCUUGAAGAGCCGCCAAAGCCAAAGCGUCCGAAGAAAGCACAAAAUGGUAACGCUAAAAAAAAGUCAAAAUCUGAAGGCUCUUUGAAAUUUGACUUUGAGGACCCGUCUCCUUCAAAGUCUAAUGAGCCUAAUGGAGAAGUCACCAAUUUGUGCAAAUGCGAUAUGGAGAGCAAUAUAUUUAAAGGAGAGUUCGAAUGCGAUUAUUGCAAUAAGUACAUUGCCAUCUUUGGCUACUCAUCUGAAAAGCUGCCAAUCAAUACAAUGUCCAACUGA